AUGAACCAUGCUCGUCCGGUAGUCAUGCGGGCUUCAUGCUCGACGUCCUCAUUGCCUUUUGCGCCAUCUCCCUUAACUUCUUUCCUGGCUUGUAACGAAGCUCGUAACCUCUCACAAUCGCUUCUACGCUCUCGAUUUACUCUAAAUACUGGUUUGCGCAACUUCUCCGCUUGUACGACUUUCUCGGCUCGUAAUCGCUUCGUUCCAAGAUCGCCUCCUGUUGUCCAGAAGACUGGCCGUGCUUCGACUCAAGAUGGCCAGAGAUUGGUCCGUAGACGUAGGGAUCCUCCCACUUGGAGAGACUACGAUCCAGAAAUCGGCAUACCUCUACCCUCAGGAGAACUCGAUCAAACCACCAUCACGGAAAUCUUCGGCCCGGAUAUGCAUUGUGACGAUGGAAACCACAUUCUGCGUUUGAUGCAUUACCGUAGACUCUCAGGCAGUCUCAUUGAUGUCGGUAUUGACUUCCCGAGAGAAUCGGGCAUCUCGCCUGAGAUGGCUUCAAGGGCUUUGGAGUACAUCAGAACGUUAGAUCCCGCCUUUGAUGAGAAUGAGGCUGGUGCUGCUUGGGCAGAGUCAGAGAUCAUGAAAGUGGAACAACAGUACAUGGCUCGCGCUGAAAGGCUGGGCAUCUACAAGCGUACCGACGAUAGCCAGACGGACGAGUCACAGCCAUCCGCCGGCACAUCCGACAUCUAUGGAGAGAGCGCCUUGGAUAAACUGCGAAAGGCGAACAAAGCAAGAUGGAUGGAAGAAGACCGAAAGAAAGAAGAAGCCAAGAAGCAACAGGAAGCAGAUCAAGUUGCUGCUCUCAAGGCCGGAGCCAAGAACAACGACUCUGGUGUGGAAGCGAAAGAGGAAACGGGAAAGAUUUUCAGUCCAUUCGAUGAGAUCGCUCUGGCCCAGCCUACCCAGAAGGCAUGGUUAGAGCCUGUAGAGCGUAAGCCCUGGGUCAAGUACUACGAAGAGCAAGCGACCAUUAUCAAGGACAACAAGAUUCCUAACCUCUCUAAUCUUCGCCGAUUGGGCCCGUCCGCUCUGGUUCUUUUGGCUGUCCUCGCUGGUUGUUGGAUGCUUGACGAGACGUAUAACCCUCCUCCACGAUCAGCGAGGAUGUUCCCUGAUGUGCCGCCUGCCAUCGCUACCCUAGGAGCCAUCACCGCCAUCAAUCUUGCCGUAUUUGUCGCUUGGAGGAUCCCGCCCUUGUGGAGAACCAUGAACAAGACUUUCCAGGUCACCGCAGCAUACCCAUUUGCUAUCGGAACCCUAGGUGCACAGUUCAGUCAUCAAAGCUUCCGUCACCUGUUCGUCAACUUGGCUAUGCUGUGGCCUUUCGGUUGGGUCUGUAAGUUUCGAGUCAUGCACCGCUGUAGCUAUUUGGCACUAACUAAAUGUCAUGCAGUACAUGAUGAUGUAGGAAGAGGUACCUUCCUAGCUGUAUACCUCGCUUGUGGUACUGUAGGCACGUAUGGUUCUCUGGCUUUCAACGUGUUCGCCAAGCGUUGGAUGAAUUACAGCUUUGGCUCAUCUACUGCGGUUAUCGGCACCAUGGCUGCAGCCUGUUUGGUCAGAGCAAAGUAA